CCCGAAUUCCGUGGGGGUCCGAAUUCCAGUGACAUUUGUUUUUGUCUCGUAUCGCGAGAGUUAAGAUGACGUCACGCACGCGCAGUUCGGUAAAUAUUGACAGAUGCCAACGCAACUGUCACCUACGAAAAGACGCUCGAAAUGAGACCAAAACAGGCAAAGCCAAAACAUUUGAAGAGGAGGGUCCAGAAAAACAGGCUCUACUCACCUACUGCCCUGAUAAAUGCCUACAUGCUUGUUAAUGAUGCGGGAUUUUCUGUUAGAAAAGCAGCUGCCUGCUGUAAUGUUCCAGAAUCAACUCUUAGAGACAGAACAUUAGGACAUGUUAACAUUGAUACCGUAGCUGCUGGUAUGACACCACUUUUUGUGAUUGAUGAGGAAGUUUUAUUAGUUAACCACUUUAAGAAGAUGGCAGACUUCGGCUAUGGAUACACAAGGCAAGAGUGUGUAGACAUUGCCAGUGACUACGCCAUCCAAAUAGGGAAAAGAUCGAAAGACAAGCCGUUGACGAUCAAAUGGUUCCGUGGGUUUAUCAAGCGCUGGCCUGAACUCAAGGUUAUUAAACCACAGAAUUUAGAACAUGCUAGGGCUAAGAUGGCUUCUGCAGCUGUUGUUGAGAAAUUCUUUGAGAGUUUGAAAGUUACACUUUCAAAUCACGAUUUACUUGAUAAGCCCCACCUUAUCUUCAAUGUGGAUGAGAAGGGAAUAACUGUAGAGCAUAAGGCACCGUUUGUUGUUGCUGCAGCAAGCCACAGUACCUCUGCAGUUACAUCAGGGAAAGGCAAAACUAUAACAAUACUAGGAUGUGGCAGCGCAGCUGGUCAAGCUAUUCCACCUAGUUUUGUUUUUCCAGGCAAGCGUAUGAGGCAGGACCUGAUGGAAGGGGCAACAGCUGGUGCAAAUGGAACUGUGAGCGAAACAGGCUGGUCAAAUGGUCUCAUUUUCAGGGAGUACCUAGAGAAUCAUUUUCUAAAAUAUGUGCCUGGUCGAACCUGUCAGAAGAUUCUUUUGAUUUUGGAUGGGCACAAAUCCCAUGUCUCUGUUGGGUUGUACGAGUGGGCAUUCCAGCAUGGGAUCAUUAUUUUCAUUCUCCCGCCACAUUGCAGUCAUAUUCUACAAUCUAUGGAUAUGGACGACUGUGUACUCUGCAACAAACCACUCACACACCUUCCUACUGUAAAGCUGCGUGAGAAAGGAAGCGAGUCAAUAAACAACGCCAGUGCUGAGCGACAGACAAAUCGUCAGAUUCCGAAGGAGUUUGACCUCAAUAGCAUUCCUUGUAAAACGCCGAAGAAAAGUCCCGGUAGACCUGAAUCAGCAGACACAACAGAAGCAUUCAAAAAUGUUGUUGCUUACAUAGAGGAAAAUGAGGGAUGUCCUGAUGAGAUCACUGAAGACAACUGGAGGACUUACGAGAGGAAGAGGCAUGUCAGAAAUCCAGCGAACAUCUUGGUUAUUGUCUAUGCCAGCUUGUGCCGAAAUGAAUCAAGCCAUGCAAGAGUUUAG